CUCUUUCUUUUUCAGUCCCCUCCUCGGAAGUAUAGACGCGUUUGUCUAUAUUCCGUCCGUUUUCUUUUUUAUAAUAUAUGCAUUAACCCCCGUUCAUUUCUUUAUACACAAUGGAGGCGAAGGCGGAAUUGUAGAGAUGCCUCGAUUCGACUUGUUCUUUUAUUUAAUCACAGUUUAAUGGACCGGAUGAUCUCCAAGUCGGACUGCGUUGCCCACAGCCUUGCAGGGGAGGUUGCCGUAUCCAGCGGGGAGGUAGGCUUUUCCUGGGUUCGUGAUGAAGUUUGCCGAACCCACGGAAGGCCAGAAGCUGUCUUUUCUCCUGGAAAAGGCUGCUUCUAGGGAAGCCGAGCUGUGGAGGAGCUAUGUGCCUAAGAAACCAGCCAGUCAGGAUACAGAUAUCUCCCCUGCCCAGCGUGACGAGGCCGUGCGGUGGCUCACUGACGUGCACCGGUGCUUGAAGCUUUAUCCAGAAACCCUCUGUUUGGCCAUCUCCGUACUCGACCGCUUUCUCUCCACCAUUAAGGCUCGUCCCAAGUACCUGCGCUGCAUUGCUAUCACCUGUUUUUUCUUGGCAGCUAAGACAAGUGAAGAGGAUGAGCGUAUCCCUGCUCUUAGAGAGCUGAUCAGCAGCAGUGCUUGUGGAUGUACUCCUUCAGAAGUGUUGAGGAUGGAGAGGAUCGUUCUGGAUAAACUCAGCUGGAACCUGCAUGCAGCCACUCCCCUUGAUUUCCUGCACAUUUUCCAUGCAAUGGUGUUCAGCUGCAAGGCUGUGAGUUCAGGCAUAUUAUUGGGUCUGAACAGAUCACAGCACCUUGCCCUGCUCACUCAGGAGCUGCUGCACUGCCUUUCCCAUAAUUCACUGCUGCAGGAGCGUGGCUCCAUGCUGGCCCUUGCUCUCGUCACACUGCAGCUGGAAACGCUCUAUCCCGAUUGGCUCGCUCUUGCUGCCGACCUGCUGCGCAAAGUUCAGAUUGACAGCUCCAAGCUGAUCGGCUGCCGCGAGCUAGUGGCACGUUGUCUCUCCACACACACGGCAUCCCUGCCUCCCAACACUGUAUACGUCUGCCACCCCCUGCAAACCCCUCACGACCCUGGCGUGACCUUUCACCCUGUCCUGCCCACUCUGCCACUGCGCAGGAAGCCCUCGGCCAAGCGCAAGGUGGAGCAGAUGGAUGUGGACGAAUACUUCGAUGGCAUCAAGCGUCUCUACAACGAGGAGGAGCUAGGAGGAGGGGGUGGGGCUAAUUCAGGGUACCAGUCCAUAGAGGGCGGUUCCACGCCAUGCCCUGCCCUUCAGCCUGUCACCGUCUCCUAGCAACGCGCUUAGGGUUGAAUUGGGGCCAGAUCGCAGUUAUGACAGUGUCCCUCCAUCCUUUAGAGCAGAACAGAGCUAAAACACACACACACACACACACACACACACACACACACACACACACACACACACACACACACACACACACGAAAUAUGCUGCAGUUAUUUCAUAACCAUCUAUCUGUCAAAUCUAAUCACAAGAUCAUAUUUAAAAUGUGAAAAAGGAAAAUAUUCACAAAAAUGUCGGAGGUACUUCUCCCCAACCCGCUCCUACUGAAAUGUCUGUCUCUGUACAUCACUGUCAUAUGUCUCUCAUAUAUCUGUGAAGAUUUCAAAUCUAACUUUGUAUUUAUAUAUUUGUUUUCCUCUGAUGACUGUGUCCGAGUGCUGUGUUCAUCUCAUGCGCUUUUCUUCUUUUUUUUUUUUCCUUUUAUUUUUUUUAUGAAAGGGCAUGAAACUCCCGAAUGUUAAAUUUGCUAAACUUUGAUGUUAAUUUUAAAAAUUUAUAUAACUACACAUCCUCUCUCUCUCUCUCCCUCUCUCGUAUUCUAUUCUAUUCUAUUCUGUUCGAUCUUGGCUGUUUAGCCUUUUCUUUUCUCCACGUCUUGGCCGUUUAGGUGUGUGUGGUUGAGCAGUGAUAAUAUCCCUAUCACUUUUGUUAAAAGAGCAUUAACGAAGAAUCCAUGUGAACACACCAUCCAAAUCACACAGGGCACAAGAGACUGUUUUAGUGUUUGUUUGAAAGAUAAUGUAUCUGUAGGAUCACUUUAACAAAAAAGGUUGAAAAAAAAAACACAAAACCUGUUGAAAUGGCACAAAAAAAAAGCUUUAGAUUAUUAUUACCAUUCCUUUUUUCUCUGCUGAUCGUUCUUCUCUGGCUCUGUUCUUCUCCGGUGGGAGGAGGGACGCCCGCACUGCAGGAACGUCACCGUAAAAGUUCAAAUAAAUCGAAACCAUCUACUACA